CAAGCGUCGAAUCCGCACCGAGGGCAGCUCUUGCCUUGUCCACAUUCUAUUGUCACAAGGACGCCAUCACUGUGCCUCUGGAGUGUGGACAGGAUUUACGAGGUAUCUGAGAUUCGAUACUAGGUCUCGGUUGGUGGCCAUGCCAAUGUCUGCCGUAUGGUUCAAAAGACAAGAUAGCGAUACUGUGAGCAUUCUCACCAGAGAUGGCCAAUGUCUGUGCUUCAAACUCUACCAACGGCGCAAAUUUCGGCUGAUUGGCUCUUGAUACAUCAGUGCAGCACGGAAAAGUGGCCAAGUGGGGCAGGGACUGCACGCCUGGUAAUAUUGGUACUCAGCGCGCACGGAGAUAUUGCGGCCGCCUGUGUGCGCUGGAUUGGUGUAUCGAUGUCACACCAAUGGUUGCGUAAGGCGUGGCUGGUCGACAGCAGUGCAUGCCCGCCGACGGCCGUUGUGAGAAUACUUUCGAAGGUCCAUAUCAUUAGAGUGGUGAGGGAUGUACUUGUACGUGUCAACAAAUGUGUUGACGUUUGCGAGAGUAAUGCGUGGAGCAAGACGACAAGGCAGGUGAUUCUUCACUUGACACAGCGCCUUGUGCCAAGGGAAGCUUCGAUUUUCCGGGCAUUCACUAAACCAGACUCCUUGUUGUUCAUACUCAAGGAUCCCACAGUUACAUUGCAGCAACUAGCCAAUGCGAGAUGGAACGGCAGCUUGUACUCGGACAAACUAAACAGGUCAGCAGAAUCGCCAUUCUAUUGAUGCUGAAUUAUGAUGAUGCGGUCACUUGGUUGACAGAGGCCUUGUCAAGCUCUGCCCUGUAAAAAGUGAAGAUCAAAAUCUUCCGUCA